ACAACAAACUUUCUAAUUUGAAGAAACGUAAUAAAUACCAGUGAUAUCAUACAAUAGUUACAAUAAGAUUGAAAAAUAAGAAUUUAUUUGAACUCUACUAAUUAUACCCUUUUACAAUAAACGCUUAUAACGAUAUUUUAAUCUGAAUUUUAAAUUUAUUCUUCGAAAUUCCAUAAAUCAUAACGUAUUUGUUAAUGGCCUAGUAAUAUUUGAUUAUAAUAUCACUUUUAUCAUUAUAACUCGAUCUUAUUUUUAUUUAUAUUAGUAAACACUCAAAAUUCUAGUUAAGUGGAUGACAAAUUAAUGACGUUCCCAAAAGUAUAUUAAGAUAAUUUGUACAAUGGUUUGCAUAGAUCUCGUCUCUAUAUAAUAUUAAAAACACGUAGAAUACAUAACAUUUCGAGUUUAGACUCAGACAAGUGAACAUAUUGUAACUAAAAUAUAUUAUUUUGCAAAUCUAUCAAAGGUUAAAUUUAUAAUUGUAUGUGGUUAAAAAAGUGUAUUUUUUAAAUUUGCAAAAUGCUCAAUAGCGAAGAGGGAAAUUCUGACAGGUGUCGAAGACGAUUAGGAUUAAAACAUGGAUUAACAGUUUUAUGCCUUGUAGUCUUUGUUAAUUUAUCAGAGGCACAAAAUUAUAAUUCACAAUUUAAUUUCAAUUUAAAUUUAUCUCCGUAUCCAUUAUCAAAGACUAUCAAUGGAAGCAUUCCAGAAAUGAAUGGUGUUAAAAAAAUAUCAGAUGAUACAACUAAGUAUUGCAUUAAACCUGAAUGCAUUCACACAGCAUCAAGAGUAAUGAAUUAUAUGGAUGAAAGUUUAGACCCUUGUGACAAUUUUUAUAAAUUCGCCUGUGGUCAAUACAUGAGAAAACAAGUACUUUCUGAUGACAACAUUUUUAUAAAGGACAAUUUUAAUUCUAUCGAUAAGGAAAUUAAACAAAUGAUGAAAAAUAUUCUAGAACAAGAUUUAAAACCUACUGAUGCAAAAUAUGUGAAAUUAAUUAAAACUUUUUAUCGCAACUGUAUGAAUUCAACAUUUGACGAGAAAGAAUCAAAUUCAAAAGUGACCGUUGAUCUUAUAACAAAAAUUAAUGGAUGGAGCUAUUUAAAAAAAAGUCAUAUGAAAAAUGAGAGUUUCCAUUGGGAAAAAUAUCAGUUAAAAAUAAUAAAAGAGUCUAGUCUCUUAAGCGCAGCUUUUUUUAAGGUGAACCUUCUAUUGGAUACGAAAAAUAAUUCAAAUAUUGUUCUUAGGCUUGAACAACCUUCGGAUCUUACUGCGUCUACCAGUGAUUUUAGUGCACUAAAAUACUUUUUUCCUGAACUUAUAAAACGCAAAGUACCAUUUGAAGAUAUAACCAAACAAAUUAAUGAAAUAAACAGUAUGCUCAUUAAUAUGUCUAUUCCCGAAAACGACAGACAAUCGCAUAUUUACGAUAGAAUCACUGUUAAAGAACUUGAAGGAAACUAUUCGAAUAUUUUAUGGAGGGAAAUUUUUAAUGGAAUAUUACAACCAUCGACGGAAGUUAGAGAUGACGAUAUUGUACUGGUUUCAGAUAGCAGUUUCUUUAAAAAAUUUAACGAACAUAUUAAUAACAUUUCAAAAAGAGAUCAGGCAAUUUAUGUAAUAUGGACAUUCGUUAAGGAUAUUCUCAAUGGAGAUUCUGAUGUAAAUCUCUCUGAAAUCAAUGAAAAGUGGGGGACAUGUUUUAUAUUCACGAGACAAGCAUUCUUGUCUAAUUUAGGUACACUUUAUAUCAAAAACUACGUUAAUGAAGAAUCUUAUAACAAACAUGUUGAGGAAUUGAUGAAUAAUAUAUUCCAUCAAUUCUAUAUCAUCAUUAAAAAUGUGGAUUGGUUGGACCAGAAGACAAAGGACUAUGCUCUAGAGAAACUUUCCUUACUCCAUGCUGAACGACAAAGGAAUUUCCAAAUUUCUGAUGACAAUGAAAUUGAUGAAUUUUACAAAGACUUGGAAAUUACUGCAGGCGAUUUUUACCAAUCUAUGUUGAAUAUUUCGAAAUUUAAUCAUAAAUUACUAACUAGUUCGUUUAGGGUACCUGUAAAUAGGUCCAGCAUGUUGUUUCGGCAUGAUGCAACACAUGUAAAUGCAUUCAAUGUUAUCAACAAGAAUAGUUUUAGUAUACCACCAGGAAUUUUUCAAGGAAUAUUCUUCAAUGAAAGCAGACCAAUGUAUAUGAAUUAUGGUGCAAUUGGAAGUAUUGUUGGUCAUGAAUUUACACAUGGUUUUGACUCUCAGGGUAAACAUUAUGAUAAAAAUGGAAAUUUAAACGAUUGGUGGGAGCCUACGUCUCAAAAACAAUUUGCAACAAAAGCACAAUGUUUUAUUUCUCAAUAUGGAAACUAUACAGUUGAAGAUGUUAAUUUGAAUAUAAACGGCAUUCAAACACAAGCUGAAAAUAUUGCCGAUAAUGUAGGAUUAAAAAUAGCAUAUUUAGCUUAUCAAAAAUGGGUGAAGGAUCAUAGCUCAGAGCAAAUGUUACCUGGUUUGAAUUAUACGCAGUCUCAACUUUUUUGGAUUAGUUUUGCACAAGGCUACUGCGAGAAGGUAACUCCAAAAGUUCGAAAAUUAUUCCUCAAUCAAGAUGUUCACAGUCUAAAGGAAUUUCGAGUAAUAGGUUCCCUAGCGAACCGUCCAGAAUUUGCAAAAGAUUUUCAAUGUCCUCUGGGUUCAAAAAUGAAUCCUAAAACAAAGUGUUCUGUUUAUUAAAUUUUUAUAUGCUUUUUCUUAAA